AUGCCUAAACGUUUGAGUGGCUAUAAAGCUUACUUGACUACUACCAAUCAAAAGUAAACAGACAACUCAGAGCUUGGAAUAAAUCCACGUACCGCGGGAUCUGGCUAAAAGCAAUCUGCUCAUUAAUAUUCAGGUGGAACUAAUUUGAUUGGCUCUGUGAAAAAAGCAGCAAUUUAUAUGAGAUAACCAGUUAGAUCAUCCAUAAUAAAUUCUUCAAUGUCUUUCAAUCACACAAUGGGUUCGUCUUUUGUGAGUAAUCAUCAUUAUCAGCAGAACAGAAAGGGCCAGGUUAAAAAUAGCAAUUUAAAAUCUCACAAAUUGUAGCCUAAGAUACUCAGAGGAGAAAACACUAACCAUCUCUAGACUAUGCCAAGUCCCUCAAAACACAAUGAAAAAGAAAAUCUUAUGGUGAUAAGUGACACAUCAUCUCCUAGCAAAUCUCCAAUGAGAUAAUAAAAAGAGAUGAUUCGACUUAGCUAAAAUAAUCAGAGAGUUUUCACUCAGAAACAAAAUACAACAAGAGAUAAAGUUCAAGGCCCUUCUCUUAUACAAUAAACACUCUCACCAAAGAUAAACAAUUAUUAGAUUAAACCAAAGUCACCUUAGUAAAGAUACUAUAAGCCAGCUGGUCACACAUCUUUCAUUUCUAACAACACGCUAGAUAAUCACCCUCCUAAAUCUAAUUUAACUCUCGGCAGUUCUAGUUCAUAACUCAGAUUGCAGUCCUAACUCGGUGCAAUAACGAGUCGUCCUAAGACUAGUUCGAAUAAUUUCUCAUCUUUUGGUGAGAGUAUGCAAGCAAGACAGGAGAUACUCUAAAAUAGAUAAAGAAACGAAUCAGCAAAUAGUAACAACAGUCUUAAUAAAUUUUAAUCAAGUAUGAUAAGGUCAUUUCAUCGGGAAUCAAUGCUAAACGGAUAGAAUGUUAGGUCAAGCACUAUAGCUAGCAGUGGAGCAACAACAUGUUCUAACUUUAAUAGUCAAAAACCAGGUUCUCUUAAUAGAAAGGAAAAAUUUAAAUCUUACUUUAAGCACUAUCUUAAUAGCAAUAAUAAGCACUAGUAAUCUUAAUUGAGGAAUACCUAAUUAAUGGAGGCAAAUUAAAGUAGCGAGCGAUUACACUAGUCCAACCUGACAAAUUCAUAAAUUUAUCUUAAUACUCAAGCUUAUGCUAACAACCACAUGUGCUCUUUUGCUGAUGGUUAAGAUUCAGGCAUUAUUCAAUAAACUCAAACUUUUUCUAAUUAUCAAAGGACUCCAAGAAAUUAGAAUCAAAUAUUUAACGUUAAUUAAUCGGGGAGAUGUAGUGCUGCUGGAUAUAUAACUACAAAUACAAUUAAUCAUAUUUAGCCUUUAGAUACAAGACUAAAUAAGUGCAUUUCAUCAUCAAAUAUAAUAAAUGAUAAAAAGAGGUCAGGAUCUGGAGGUGUACACAUAGAUGGAAAUGAACAAGUUAGGAAUAAAUUAGUAGUCUUAUCAGAAGUGAUUAAAAAUUAGCAUGUUAGAAUAACUAACAAUCUUAAUCUUGCUGAAAGAGAAGGCCUAAGAUUAUAAACAUAGACUCCAUCUACACAUAUGUAUCAGUAGACUUUCUAUAAUACUGAAAAUGGCCAGUAAUCAAAUAAGAGCCUCCGAGGUUAUAAGCCACGCAAGAUCAGAAAUAAUUUCUAUAAUAAUAAGGUUUUAUCUGCAAGGCCUAGCACUGUUCCUGACUCCAAGAUAACUUCCCCAUAGAUGAUGAAAACCAUCAGUUAAAAGUAAUCAAGUAAAAAAGCGAUAGCAAACACAAUAAUGAGCAAUAAUUAGUCACUAAAAAAGAAAAUAAUGGAUGCAAAAGGAGGUAACGCCACAAUCAUGAAUUAUGCUACUUCUGCAACCUCUAGAAAAUUAAGCUAUACAUCACGAAAAAAUCUUACAACAAAAUUCAAUCUCAAAUCACCUGAAUAAAAGUAGGAACUAGCCCCCUUACUUGCUGAGUCAGAUUUAAAUUCUGAUAAAAGCCUCUAAGCUCAUAGUAGAUCUAAAUCAAUAUGUAUCCAGGACUAUACUCUAGGUAAAAAACUAGGAGAAGGAGCAUAUGCAGUAGUACAUACAGCUUUUAACAAAAAGACUAAUGAUAGAUUAGCCAUGAAAAUUUAUGAUAAAGAAAAAAUAUUAUCAAAUGCAUCGAGAAAAAGAUCAGUUUCCAGAGAGAUCACUCUUUUGAAGAGAUUAGAUCAUCCAAAUAUUGUAAAAUUAUAUGAAUCAAUCGAUACAAAGAAGUCCUUAAAUCUUGUGAUGGAGCAUGUUGAAGGUAAAAGCUUAUAUGAGUAUGUAAAAGAGAAAAAUUACGAAGGUAGGUUCAUACCAGAGGAAGAAGUUAAAAUUAUUAUAAGAUAGCUACUGACAGGAGUUUCGUUUAUGCACAAUAAGGGCAUCGCUCAUAGAGACCUCAAACUAGAUAAUAUUCUCUUGGUCGAUAAUAAGAGCAGAAUUCUCAACAAUGAUCCUUUCCUAAUUAAAAUCAUUGAUUUUGGAUUUAGUGUCACAACUGAGAAGCCAUAGAAAUAGUUCUGUGGAACUCCUUCAUACAUGGCCCCAGAAAUAGUCAAAAAGUAAGAGUAUGAUCCGAAAUCUUCCGAUAUCUGGGCUAUAGGCAUCCUAGCCUAUCGCAUGCUUUAUGGUAUUCCUCCUUUCAGAGCUCCUAACGAAAAAGAACUUUAUCAGAAAAUCAUGAAGGGAGUGUACUGUUUCCCAGACUUUAGUAAAUGCAUCGACUAUCCUGAGUACUAGCACAGAAUUCCUGGUGAAGUAAGUGAGAGUGCCAAAGACAUAAUUACGAACAUGAUUAAAUAUGAAGGUAAAGAUAGAUGGAGUGCUGAUGAAUUGCUCAAGCACUCAUGGUUCUAGGAGUGA